AUGGGAAAUUGUUGUACUGCAGGGACGGAGGAGAUCAAAUACGAGGAGAAGCCCAAGCCUAAGAGGGUCCGAAAGAACAUCUACAGGGGGAUCAGGCGCAGGCCAUGGGGGAAGUGGGCUGCAGAAAUUCGUGACCCGCAAAAAGGAGUUCGGGUCUGGCUAGGAACUUUUAGCACGGCCGAAGAAGCCGCCCGAGCCUACGACGCCGCGGCCACACGCAUCCGCGGCCACAAGGCCAAGCUCAACUUCCCCCCUGUGCCGGCGCCCCCGCCCCCACCUGGACCCCACUCUACGCCUCGAUGCAAGCACCAACUGAAGCGAAAAUCUGUCGCCAUCACCCCGUCAAGGGCUGCGAGCCCCAAGCGAGGAGGUGCACCUGCAGCCCCACCGGCGGCGGCUGAGGAGGAGAACGGGUUCAAAUUAAAGGACAUGGAUCCAUUCCCGGAAACGGGGUUCGGGUCGACCCAGUUCGAGGGAGGCGGUGAGGAGUCGGAGAUUGGGCGAUGGAUGAUGGAGGAGCAAGCGGCGCCGUUUCACAAUUUCCUCUACUGAUUCUGGAAGUUUCCUAGUGCCGUUGGGUGUCGGCGUGGGUGUGUUUUCUUUCUUUCUUUCUUUCUUUCUUUCUUUAAUAUGUUUGUCUUGAUUAAGAUGGUUCAGUUCAGUGUGUAUGCGUUCUUCACAUUGUCUCCGUGUGUCCUUUUUGGUCAUGUCCUGCGUGGAUGGUACGGGUGCAUCACGUGAUCGUGAUGCACCCAUUUGGUCUUGGAUCUGGAUCCGGAUCUGGUUAUGAAUAAAUUGUGUGUUUUUCA